AUGGCCGCCCCGGUCUUCGACGAGUCCCAGUUCGCCUCGCUGGAGGCCUACGCCGAGGCACUGAACGCGCAGCUGGAGGGAAAGAGCGCGACCGAGAUCGUGGAGUGGACCUUCGACACGUUCGGCGCGCGCACGGUGCUGAGCUCGAGCUUCGGCAUCCAGUCCGCCGUCAUGUUGCACCUGACGCGCAGCGUGAGCAGGAGCAUCACCGUGGUGUGGGUGGACACGGGCUACCUGCCCAAGGAAACGUACCAGUUUGCAGCGCGCCUGACCAAGGCGCUGGACCUGGACGUGCGCGUGUACCAGUCGCCGAUCACGCCGGCGCGCAUGGAAGCGCUCUACGGCAAGCUGUACGAGCUGGAGACGCCCGAGGCGCACCGCCAGUACGGGUUCAUGCGCAAGGUGGAGCCCAUGCAGCGCGCGCUCAAGGAGCUGGACGCAGCGGCUCUGCUCGUGGGCGUCCGCGCGGACCAGACCCAGCACCGCCAGCACAUGAAGCACGUCAACGUGUACGAAGGCCGCCUCAAGAUCUGCCCCAUCCUCAAUUGGAGCAAGCACGAGGUCGACCAGUACAUGGCCGUCAACCAGCUCGAGUACCACCCGCUCAAGGCGCAGGGCUAUGAGAGUGUGGGCGAUGCUCACUCCAGUCGCCCCGUGACUGAAGCGGACAAGGGCAACGACCGUGCUGGACGCUUCAACGGCAAGCAGCAGGAGUGCGGACUGCACCUGGACAUGCACGACAUGAAGCUCGAGGACCUCAAGUUCGACGACCCGUUGGCGCUGUCCGAGAACGACCAGAAGCUGCUGGAGCUCACCAAGAGAGCGAAGGGCAUCACGGUGUUCACCAAGCCUACGUGCAAGUACUGUUUGGCUGCCAAGGACGUCAUGCGCGAGCGCGAGUGGGAAUUCGACGAGGUAAGCGUGCCCACCGAGGUGUCUAUCCAGUCACUACAGCAAAUUGUUGGCAAGCCCGUCAAAACCGUGCCACAGAUCUUCCUGGACGGCAAGUACAUCGGGGGAUACACGGAAUUCGUCGCGCACCUCGGCAUCCCGUCGCGUUUUGCCUAA